AUGAAUCAUUCUACAAAUCAUGCUCAGCCGCAGAAUAAUGGCCAACUACAAGGAUCCUAUAAUGUUAGUGGUCCGCAGAAUGCCGGUGGCUUAUUUCAAAGGACCCUAAAUACUGGCACACAUUCAAGACCUCAAAAUACUGUAAAUAUAAUUGUAAAUACCUUCAUUGACGUUCAACGAUACAUUGACCUAGUUGAAGGUACGGAUCCAUUUACUAAAACGCAAGGUAUAGAAAAUUCACAAUCACAGGACGUCCAAUUUUCAACGUUGUUGAUUUCAGGGGAAUUUCAGAUUUAUGGAAAUAUGAGGCAACAUAUAAAUUGA